CGUCAAUCUCUCCAGCGCCUUGGUGCUGGAAAAUGGCUGCUUGGCGGGACGCUGUCUCGGUCUUUCCCCGUGCUGGUGGAUUCGCUCGCUGCUUCAACCAACAACACAUGCUUCAGCAUACAUCAAAACCAAGAGGCCGUCUCGUUGGCAAGUCAUCCUAGCCUGGUCCUCGUGCCGACCUCAACUUCAGUUCACUCGGGCAACUUCAUCAUGUUGCUUUCCUUCUUCUGGGCUUUUCUGGCGGUGUUUUCGGGUGUCGUCUCUGCCACCACGGCGGCUGAGCUCGAGCUCAUCACCAAGGCGACAGCACUGUACCCGCCAUGUGCCCUCAAAUGCAUGACACAGCUCGUCCCUCAGUCGUCAUGCUCGCUGACGGACGUGCAGUGCCUCUGCACAAACAAGCAGCUGACUGACGACACGUCAAAGUGCGUCCUGGCAGGCUGCACCAUCCAGGAGGGCCUGACGACCCAGAAUGUCACCAUGACCAUGUGCGGUGCUCCUGUGCGUGACAAGCACAUGACGCCCCUAGUCAUCAGCAUCACUGGAGGCACGCUGGCUACUCUGGCGUUCGCCAUGAGAGUCGGCACUCUGCUUACGCGAACCAACGGCAGGUCGGUUGGCGCGGAUGACUGGCUGGCUGGAAUCGCCCUGCUGCUGGCAGCGCCUCCGACCUUGGUGGCCCUUCAGAUGAGGGACAACGGCCUCGGCAAGGACAUCUGGACGCUGAAGGUCGACCAGAUCCAAAACAUCCUGUUGUUCUUCUACCUGGGCUCCAUCUUCUACAUCGCGUCCAUCACGGCAGUCAAGCUGUCCAUCAUCUGCUUCAUCCUGCGCGUGUUUCCUGACAAGAACUUCCGCCGUCUGUGCUAUGCCGUGAUGGGCCUCGUCCUCGCGUACGGCAUCUCUUUUGUCACAGCGACGGCCUUGCAGUGCUGGCCAGCCUCGUACGCCUGGACCCAGAUCGACAGCAGUAUCGAGGGCAGUUGCAACAACGUCCAUCUCCAGGCAUGGCUCGCGGCGGCGUGCAACAUCUUCCUGGACCUCUUGCUCCUGGUGCUACCACUGUCGAAUCUGUGGAAGCUGAACAUGGGUGUGAAGAAGAAGAUCAUGAUCAUGUUCAUGUUCUCUCUUGGCAUCUUUGUCACAAUCGUCAGCGUCAUCCGCCUGCACAGCCUCAUCACCUUUGCCAACUCGACAAACGUCACAUGGGACUACGCCGAGCCGGGCUACUGGAGCUUGAUCGAGAUGGACGUCAGCAUCAUCUGCGCCUGCCUGCCUUACUGCCGACACCUUCUCAUCUCGCUGGGCGCGCGCUUCCUGCAGUCCACGCAGCAGCGCAGCGCGACGUACGGCGGCUCGUCGCGGCCCACCUUCAGCCGGAAGAACAGCGAGGGCGGCAUCCUGGGCUCCUCGAUGGCCAGCAAGUCGACCAAGUCGACCGGCGGCGGGGACGGCGGGGUCCCGCAGCAGCGGGUGCCCAAGCACGGCGACGAGGGCGAUUUCGUUCCGCUCGUAGAGUACCCGCACGGCAACUGGGACAAGACCACAAGCGUCACGACGACGCACGCUACCACGGCUAGCAGAGGCUCGGACUGAGUUUUCUGAGCCGGGGGGCAGGGAAUAGAGAGAUAUGCGCACGCAUAUGAGGAUCUGCGCAUCAGUUUUUUUUUUUGCUGGCCUAAAGGAAGUUCUGGAUGGGU